CGGAAACACACAUGUCGUUUCCUUCAACACCCAUCUGUCAAAGCAUCGUAAGACGUGGCGACACGUGUGACGAGACGGCACCCUUACUUGUAAAACAAGUCCUCAUCUUCUUCUCUCAGUCGUUCGUCGGUGGUAUCACUACCGUUCAUCGUUUUGCCGAAGCACAAGAGAUUGAAUGAACAUGGAGGGAGAAAAGAGAACUCCACUGAGCGCGAGAAAGAAACACAAGAGGAAAAGCAAGAGACUUGUCAGGAGUAUCGUCACCUACCUCAAGUCCGAUGCAUACUUGUACGCUCCUCUGUUUUCCGAUUUGUCACCGCUCCCGCCGCAGAUACAUACGCCUCCACCGUCUAACUCCGAAUCUUCUAAGACAGAAGACUUGCCUGUUGCAGACUGUGAAGCAGGUACAUCGAAAAUCACGAACUUGGUUACGAUGGAAGUAUCAACCAUGAGGGAAGAUAACAGGAAUCUCAGGUCAGACACUGCAGACCAUGCAUUGCAUAACGGAAGGAUCAGCUCUUCGAAACGAUCACUUGUCAUCUUAGACGGACAACGAACUGGAGUAAGCCGUUGAAACAGAUCUGUCACCACCUUUUUUUGUCUAUUCCAAAGGAAAAGACGGUGAAGCCAGAUCCAUGGGGAGUUCCGAUCAAGUGAGGUUAAUGUGUAGACAUAAUAGCCAAUGUAAUCAUUGUAAAAUACAAAUUUAAUUAAUUAGAUGCGAUAGUUACAAGAGCUCUUGGAGAGGAGAAGAAGAAUAGGGUUUAUCAUGUGAUUGUAAAGCGUUUCUUGUUGAUAAGCUUUUUAGGAAGUGAUGUAUGAAUGAGGAUGACAAAGAUGUGUCCUGUCUGAACAUAUUGCCAUGUUACA